AUGACACCACGGCCACAAGCCUCUCCGGUGGCCUCUGGUCAGAGCAAUAGCCAAUGCCCGGACUCGCUGCAUCGUGAUGCCCUCAAGCCCGCUUCGGCUAGCGGCCGUGACUCGGGCUAUCUCGCGACCAAGUCCCGUGGGCCGUGGAGUCGAUCGAAUCUGUGGUUUGGAAUCGGGUUUCAAUCUCAGUCUGCUCUGCUGCCAGAUCCCCCUCCAUCAGCAACAGCGAAUCGCAGCCUCGCAGCCGCCGUACUCGCCCUUGUACCUCUGCAGCAGCGCCCCGGCUCGCAACCCAAGUCCACAUUUCGACAAAGCCUCAUCUUGCUGCCCGCACCUGCAACAGCACGCUAG